AUGUCGAAUGAAACAGUUGAAGAAGGGCAUGUCGCCACAGGGAUUGAACAAAAUGAGAACCGCUCUACCUUGUACAAGAUCUGGACGGAUUCUUGGUUCCAGAUCAUCUUGAUUAGUUUCAUCUGCUUUUGCUGUCCAGGAAUGUACAAUGCCCUCAGUGGUCUUGGAGGUUCCGGUCAAGUUGACCAGACCGUCGCUGCCAAUGCGAGUGUAGCCCUUCUGGCUUGUACUGCGGGAACAGCUCUUUUCAUUGUCGGCCCUAUCUUCGAUCGUGUUGGACCCAGAGUUUGUCUCUUGCUCGGAGGAUGGACAUACGCAUUAUACUCCGGUAGUCUUCUGUGUUUCAAUGCAACCGGCAACGGCGGAUUCGUGAUUGCCUUAGGUGCCAUUCUCGGCGUGGGUGCAUCGUUCUUAUGGGUGGCACAGGGUGCGAUCAUGACGACCUAUGUGCCCGAGUCACAGAAGGGUCGCGCAAUCGCAGCCUUCUGGAUUAUCUUCAAUCUCGGCGGUGGUGUUGGAUCUCUCGCUAGUUUCGGCCUCAACUUUAAAUCGAAGAGUGGAACUGUCAGCGACGCAACAUACAUUGCCUUGCUUACCAUCAUGGCUUUCGGAUGGGUGCUAGGAGUGCUAAUUUGCCCGCCAUCGUAUGUUAGAGUUGCCCAGAUGCAAGUCACACCGGAGAAUGAGAAGAACUUCCGUCAGAUUAUUCGCCAUUCCCUGCAGACUAUCUGCAACUGGCGAGUGCUGUGCAUGCUGCCACUCUUCUUCUCGGCCAAUGUCUUCUACUCUUACCAGCAAAAUGCUGUGAACGGUAUGAACUUCAAUAUCCGGACGCGUUCGCUCAACGGUUCGCUUUAUUGGAUUGCGCAGAUGUUGGGUGGCCUUGUCAUGGGUCUCAUUCUCGAUAUCCCCGGUGUUAGCCGACCAAAUCGCGCUCGCAUCGCGUGGCUAUUCUUGUUCGUCACUGGAAUGGCCAUCUGGGGUGGUGGUUAUAAGUUCCAAGUGUGGUCUGACCUCCGUCUGGAGCAGGGCCUUAAACAGGAUAUCGAUUACACAGAUUCUGAUAUCUCAGUGGGCCCGAUGUUCCUCUACAUCUUCUAUGGCGCCUAUGAUGCGUUGUGGCAAUCAUUCUGCUACUGGCUCGUGGGUGCCCAGUCUAAUUCCCCGGCCGCGGCGGCCGUUCUGGUUGGAGCAUACAAGACCUUCCAGAGCACUGGUGGUGCAAUGGCGUGGCGUAUCAAUGCCAUGGAGAAACCCGCGAUGACCCAAUUCGCUAUGAACUGGGGACUUUGCAUGGGCUCGCUGGUUAUUGCUAUCCCAACCGUCCUGGCUAUCACUUUGACCAGUGAUAAAGAAACACCAGCAGUCCAUGAGAAGGACUUCCCAGAGACGGAGGAGUCCCGGGAGGUAGUAAAGUCUUGA